ACUGUGACUUUAAAGCUGUAAAAUGCUUUAAUGCCGGUUAACUGAAAUGAUUAAUUUUGCAGAUAGUGUUGAGUGCAAUUUCCGGUUGUAAACUACUUUAGUGUUUAUUAUUAUUUUGCAAUUGUAAACCGUGUGAGUUGAAGCACAGACCGACAACUUAAUUGAGUAGCAACCAGCCAGGCUACUCAACUUAACCAAAUAUGUGGGAACCAAGAAAAGAUGCUUUUGUAACAAGUGAAACUCAAACAAAAACAGAAACAGAAACAUUAAAAACAGAAUCAAUACAAUUAAGUUAUUUACAAAAAAUGCAAUUAAACGAAUUAUUAAACACAUUACAAUAUUAUAACACAACGCAUAGUGCUGCCAACAAUGUCAGCAACAUGCAGUUAGAGCAAUUUAUACGCAACAGGUCGUUGCUAACAUCACCUUGGCAAUUUACCAAUACUGGUCAUUUACAUGGUGCCGCUACCGCUGCUACUGCUGCUGCUGCCGGUACAGGUGAUGGGAAUACGUCGUCAUUGCCAUUCCUAACACGUUCCAAUUCAUUGCAAACAGCAGCAACACCAAUAAAUGCUAUUACACCAACUCCACUAACAACAACGCCGCAAAUAUUUUUACCACCAAAUACACACACCAUGAACAACUUGUUGCACGCAGUCUCAACUAUAACACCAACUGCAGCUGUACCAAAAAUGUCACAAAUGUCACAAACGGCAAAAACGCCAGCAGUAUCAGCAACAACACCAAUGACGCCAUUUAGUUUUGAUGUGUUGCCAAUCAAUUUGUUAACCGACAUUUUUUUACGUUUGAACGCAUACCGCAUUAAAAAUGCGUCAACUGACUUGCCUCAAACAACAACAAAUGGUGCAAUGACAACAUCUUUUUGCGCACAACCAACAUUUUCACUGUCAUCCGCAAUGCACACAAUCCCUAUCGUACCCACCGCCACCGUCGCCUCCGCUGCCGCCGCCGCUCCUGCUGUUGCUCUCACUGCUGUUUCUGGUGCCGCUACUACUUCAACACAGUCCACAGCACAAGAACAAGUUUAUAACAUCUUGGCAGUGCCUGCUGUUAGCAUGUCUGGUGGCUAUGUCGAUAGCAAUGUAGAUGUGGAUGUGGAUGUAGAUGUGCAUGUGGACAUGGAUAUGGAUGACGAUGUGAAUACCGCUGCAAGUGACAGGCUUUUAUGCAAUGUGCGGCAACAUAACGUUGUUACUACGAAAAAUGAGUUCGUCUUGCCGCCACCGUUACACAAUUCUAAAGUUUCGUCUUCGGUUUUUAAACGCAAUUUACGAAAACGUGCUCAACGUGCGGAAAUUUAUUCGCAAUCAGCGUUUCAAACUCAGAAUGCUUGCGAGGAACACGAAAAUGAUAUAAACCUAUUGCCGCCACCAAAAAAGAAAUGGAUACGUCACUAUUUGCAGGAGGAUGCAAUUCCCUCAAAUGUUUCCAUCACUGAAAAUUCAUCUCCCAAUUCCAAACCUAUUAGCACUUUGCUGCCAUUACAAUUAAGUAAUUUACAUGAACAGCAAAAUCAACAGCAACAAAUAAUUGAACAACAACAAACUACAAAAUCCCAUACGCAACAUCAACAACAACAACAGCAACAAAGUAUCAGCAAUGUUGCUGUUAUUGGUAAUGCUGCUGCUAGUAAACAAAUGUUAUUAAAUGGUGGCAUACGUAUUGCUUCAGCAGCGGCAACAAUUGGUGGCACUUCAAAAGCCAUUAAUAUACCAACGCAAAACAACAACAACAACAAUCCAAGCUUACCCAUAUACAAUGUACCGAGACAUAAAUCCUCCCUACCCUUAACACCACCACCAAUGUCGACUAGAAAACUAAUAGAUAGACAUUCUCGUAUAAGAAGUUAUUCACUUUCUUCCAAUAAAAUUUCAGCAAAUCAACUGUUACUCCAUAAUGGCAAUAGCAAUAGUAAUCACAUGAUUGUGGAUGAUGCACACAUGGGUUAUGUAUCGAAUUCUGUAAACAGUAGUAAUAGCAAUCAUUCGCCGCCGCGUCAAGCAAAUGGUGGAAAUCAUUAUAUGCAGAUAAUGCCAACAGGGCAGCAAGGAUCUCAAUUGACACAUGUUACACCUUCUAUUGGUAGUGGAAGUGGACGAAGACGCACUAUUAGCUCUAAUAGUAAUGGUCCCGGCACCCGCGAAGUACACAACAAAUUAGAAAAGCAUAGACGAGCUCAGCUUAAGGAAUGUUAUGAAGCUUUAAAAAAUGAACUUCCAUUAAGGGAUGAGGAUCGUAAAAAGACUUCGAACUUAGCAAUAUUAAGUGAAUCAAUAAGAUUUGUUAAGGAACUUAAAGACAGAGAUGAAAAUUUGGAGACGGAAGUAGAGCAACUUGCAAAGAAGAAAAUUAUGCUUCAGAAAAAAAUAGUCAGUCUUAAACGAGAACUAGGACCAAAAUUUGAACAAUUGUCUGGUAUAAUACCAGACAUUGAACUUGCUGGCAUUCCAAGUGAGAGAGAUAAUCUAAACGAUUCAAAUUCGCUUUCUUCUGGACGUGGAAGCAUUUUGUACAGCUCAUCAAGUUCAUUAUCCAGUGGCGGUAGCAAUAAUACAAUGUCGUCUCCAAUCGGCGCAGGUUUACAAACCGCCAUGCCCACUGCAAUAUCACCUGUGAUAACUAAAAACCACUCAAAUUCAACAAACUCCUCCACUACAUCACCCGUUUCACCUAAUAUGUUGCAACAUUAUGUCAAAACGAAUGGUGCUGCCCAAUAUAAUAUAAGUCCUACGGGAAGUCCAACAUCUGUAUUAAAUGGCAUUGUUAAUAUGAAUAGCAUGCCAUUAUCACUUACCGCUACAGCACUUACACGCGGUUCACCAACGCCAUCCACACCAUCUCCUUCACCGUCCUCAUCAAGUGGUGUAUCAUCGUCAUCAUCUCUGAUUUCAUCAUCUCCGCCCAUGAACGGUGUGAUCAGCAGCCGUAAUAAAGCCGUCAACAUUCCAAAUAGUGGCGCUAUAGGAAAUGGAACCACCAUCAUAGCAACAUCAGCACCCGGAAGUGUGGGCAUUGUUAAUAACAACAACGCCAAUCAAGCCGUCAACCAAAACCAAAACCAAGCUGACAUCAAAUCACUUGUAAUAUCCACAGCACCAACAAAUAUAAAUAAUGGCUACCGCAGCAACCGUGGACGAAAAACAAGUUUAUCCAUUGGUGAUGGACUGAAAUCAAAUAAAACCAAUUCCAUUAGAAAUGCUUCAAAAUCAAAUAGAACAACCUAUGACGAUGGUGAAAAAUCUGCCAAAUACGUUAAGGUUUAUAAUGGUUUGCAAUCAACAGAAAAUGCUAGAACUACAACGAUCAAUGAUGACAGCAGUAAGAAUGCAAAUAACCAAAUGAAAUGUGCAGUAAAUAAUAUCGCUACAGUUAGCCAACAACAAUUAUCACAGGUUGUCAGCGGCGGAAGUUUAGUCGUCAAUCACGCCUACACCAAUGGUCGCAGCACUAACGACAACAGCAUUAUAACUGCUAACGACCAUAUCAAUCGUUUGCCUGGUGGAGCGGAAUUGAAUAUAUUAGCAACGAGCAAUAACAACAACAACAACAUCAACAUUGCGAGCAGUGCAAAUGGCUUCAAAACAAGUGGCGCACCAGCGACUGCUUUUUAUCACGCAAAUGGCAAGUUGACAUUUGUAAAUGGAGGUGCCGCCGCUGGCUCCAAUAAUGGCAUUCUAAUAAAAGCAGAUAACACAAUUGUCUCUGUUACAACGCCUUCCGCUGCAACAAGUUUACCAAUUGGCACUCCACUGAUAUUAGCAACGUCGCCAGCUCAUAUAAAUGGAGUAAAUUACGGUGGAAAUUUUGCGCAAUUAAUUGCAGCAACAUCCAUUGUUGGCGGAACAGCACUGACGCAUGCGCAGACAGAAGUCGCAGUUAAUGGUAGCUCACCACCAAAGGAAAACAUGAAUAAUAAAUCAUUUAGUUGGCGCGCAGGCACUACAACAAAUUAGCACACAGUACCUAGGCAUACGAAUGCUAAAGUCCAUGGUUGUAAACGUAGCUUCGAUUGCUGCAUUACCAAAUGUAAUAACAACACCAAAUGUAGUACCAACAGUGGUCAGAAAAGGAAUCUAAAACGAAAAUAACUCCCACCUCAACACUAGCACAUAUAAAGGAAGUCUACAGCUACAAAGUCAUACACCAUCAACAUUUGUAACAACAUUAGAUAAAAGCAUAAUAUACGAGUAUAACAUAUUUACAUAAUAUCAUAACAAUCAACAUUGUAACAUUGUAACUUAAAAAAUCAACAAUCCGCCCAUCAUUAUCAUCGAUAAAACAUUUUAAAUUUCAAAACAGCAACAACCACAGCAACAAGAACAUCAGCAACAAAAUACCAUGUCAUCAGCGAUAUGUAAAUAUACUGUUGUAACAGGUACCACCAAUGGUAACGCUUUAUAAGGAAAUAAAAUUAUAUAUAUUAUAAUAAUAAAAAAUAAUAAAAGUGAAAACUUACAAAAAACAAAAGCAUGAUAAGGAAAAAAGAAAAGAAGUUAUAUUUUACAAAUCAAUUUAAUAGAUAAACACCUACU